AUCGGUAUUGCGCGCGCAACUCUUGACACAUUCGUACAAUAAUUUGCUUUUUUUGCAUCUUAAUAAAAUAGUGCAGUGCUUAUAGUGACAGUUUAUUUUGUGCAAAUAACAUUGAUAUUUGGAUACUCGCUUACGAAUGAUUUGAUAACAUGUCGUUAUCCCACAGCCGACAACAAUUCCUGGCAUAUGAAACUCAUGGUGAUCCUAACAUUCAUUAUGGACGGAAGGGCGGUAUAUUUAUUUCGACGUGCAUAUGCAUUGGUCUUGUUAUAUGUGCAGUAUUGGUAGCUGCACUUGUUGGAAUUAUAGUAUACUACAUCACUUAUUUUAAGAUUUCACAAAAUUCAGGACAUGAUUUUUGGGAUGAAACGGAACCAUUUGGUCAAAGCACUGCUGUGGCAGCCGACUUGAGACUUCCUAAAUCAGUCCAGCCGAGCUUUUAUAGAUUGAAGUUAAAAGCUGAUUUAGAAAAAUCUAAAUUCACUGGGGAUAUCUACAUAACCAUAAAAGCUAAUGAAAAAGUCAAAGAAAUCAUAUUGCAUUCAAAGGGCCUUAUUAUUGACAAAAAUGCUACAUUGACAGAACAAAUAUAUGAGAAUGUACAAACAAUACAGUCAAGUAAAGUGAAACGGCAAGUUAACGAAAGCUCAAUAGAAUCAACAUCACAAAACACUACAAAUAAUGAUGUCACAGAAUUUCCAAUGUUAAAUAGCACUUUAGAAUCAGAGCCUGCUACAAUAUCUCCUGUAAAUACUCAAGUAAUCCACAGCAAUGUACGAAACAUAAAAAUAAUAUCAAUAACUGAAAGCACUGGUGAUAGGCUCGUUUUAGCAUUAGCAUCUGCUCUUGUGCCAGAUAUAGAUUACACUCUAAAGCUGUCGUUUGAAGGAAACAUAAGUAAUUCAUUGACUGGAUUUUAUAAAAGCACUUACAAAGACUCCAAUAAUGAGAUACGAGAAAUGGGUGUUACUCAAUUUGAACCAACCUCAGCCAGAGCUGCAUUCCCUUGCUUUGACGAACCUGCAUUUAAAGCUAAAUUUGAGAUCAGUAUUGCACACCCACAGAAUAUGUCUGUACUAUCCAACAUGAAAAUUUCCACGGAAGAAUCAGUACCAGGUGAACCCAACUGGCAAUGGACUCAUUUUGAAAGAUCGGUAGACAUGUCGACUUAUUUAGUCGCAUAUGUGCUUUGCGAUUUUAAAUACCUGGAAACAAGUUACACAGCAAGGGAUAAUAUAACGAAAACCAUACGAGUAUGGACCCAACCAGCAUUUAUAUCGAAAGCUAAUUAUGCGUUAAAUAUCACGCCCAAAUUGCUAGCCUUCUAUGAAGAUGUUUUUGGAGUUCCCUAUGCACUGGAUAAGAUCGAUUUGAUAGCGAUACCUGAUUUUUCCAGUGGUGCAAUGGAGAAUUGGGGAUUGGUUACAUUCAGAGAAACUACCCUCCUGUUUGAUGAAAAAGAGGGAGUUCCGGGUGAAAAACGCGGCGUAGCUAUCGAUGUAGCUCACGAGUUGGCUCACCAAUGGUUUGGCAACCUGGUCACCAUGAAGUGGUGGACCGAUCUAUGGCUGAAUGAGGGCUUUGCGACAUAUGUGGAGUAUAUUGGUGUCAAUCAUAUUGAACCAGAAUGGAACAUGUUUGUCACAUUAACUCGCGACAAAAUGACACUGCUACGUUCCGAUUCUUUAAAAAACACCUCGCCAGUGUCGCGCAAAGUCAUAGACGCAUCAGAAAUAUCGCAGAAGUUCGACGAAAUAUCUUAUACAAAGGGAGCUAAUCUUAUACGAAUGCUUAAUAAUACUAUUUCUGAAGAACUAUUUUUGAAAGGCUUAGCCAUAUAUUUGGAUACGUGGAAAUACCGAAAUGCUGAGGAGAACGACUUGUGGAAGGCCAUGUCUCAAGCGACUCGAAGCACGGAUUCUCUCAAGGAUGUGUCUAUAGUAUCCUUUAUGAACUCCUGGACAAGACAGGCUGGAUACCCAGUUGUUAACGUAAAACGGGAUUAUGCAACUGGUAAUGUUGUGUUUGAACAGCGACUAUUCUGCAGUAGCCCGAGUCCAUACACGAACAUGGAGAAACAAAUAUGGCAGAUACCCAUCAGCUAUACCACUACGGAUGUGCCACACGAGCAAUGGUCGUUAACGCCCAAACUAUGGCUGAAAGAGCGAAGUGUGACUGAGAAAUUGAAUUUGAAGAGCGAUCAUGCGAUUUACGUAAAUGUUGGCGCAAUCGGCUACUACCUAGUUAACUACGAUCAAAAGAAUUGGGAGCUUCUUAGUCAAGCACUUAAAAGUGGGGCCAUAGACGAUCCCAUAACGAAAGCACAGCUAAUAGAUGAUUCGUUUAACCUCGCUAAAACGAACCGCUUAGAAUACAGUUACGCGCUCGGUUUAACCAGCUGCGUAGUAAAUGGGGAGGAUUCGAAAAUAGUGUGGGAAAUGCUGUUGGACAAUAUGUCAUUCUUGAAACAUAACCUUAAGUCUACUUCUGGGUACUUAUAUUUUCAGGACUACAUGAGGCUGCUAUUAGCGAAACAAUUAGAGAAACUGAAUUACGGUCUUAGCAAGCCCGCAGACGACAACGAAGCUCUUCUAGUGGAAAACCUAUUACUCUGGGAAUGUAUGGUGGAGGGACCAAGAUGUUUGCACUGGGCUAAAGCCGAAUUCCGCAAGUGGAUGGAGCAAACGGACGUUAACGAUAAUCCAAUACCGAGCUACCUCCGUUCGCUGGUGUACAAUGUUGCAAUAAAAUAUGGUGGUCGGGAAGAGUUUGAGUUCUUGUGGAAUAUAUUCCAGAAUUCCACCGAUCCUACUGUUAAGACUCUCAUCAUAAGCAAUCUGCCCAGUACGAGGGAAGCGUCGCUUAUCACCUUUUUACUCGAAAAGAGUUUAACCGACAUUCCCAAGCAAUAUGCGGCCUUAGCUUGGAGCACUGAUGUUCCAGCAAGCACUAGGCUAGCGCAGAACUUCCUCAUCAAUAACUUCGAUAGAGUCUAUCAAGUAUUCACUAAUCUGGACUCGUUUACAUUCCCAAACAUUUUGAACAUGGUCUUUGGAUUCAUAUCGGAUACAGAUGAGCUGGAUAAGUUGAAGAGAUUCGCACUACAACACAAAGAGAAACUAUUGCCAAUGUCGCAAACGCUACAAAAGAUUGUGGACAGCGCAAACCUUAGAAUUACUUGGAUUAGAAAAUACUCCCUGGGUAUUAAUGAAUGGUUUAAGAAUUACAUGCAAGAACACACGCAACAAAAUACAACAACGGUCGAACCUGAGUGGACACAGAAUAUAACAAUCAGUAUAUCAGACAGCAACACUACUGCCUCCAGUCGGUAGAGAAACUUAGGCCAUAAAUAAUAUUUAUAGAUUUGUCUUGUACUCCAUAGAAAAUGUGUGUAAGGUCUAUGUGUUAUUUUUUUACGCUAUGAAUAAUGAAAUGUGAACAAACGAUAUUAUUUCUUUUUUAAUAGAGGCUUAAAAAAUAUUACUUACAUUUAUAAAAUUGAGAAAAAUUAAAUACUUUAAUUGCAUUAUCUGUGGAGUACAUCUUAAAUGUAUUUAAUUUAUACGAUAAAAUAUUUUGAUUGGCAACCCACCCCUUAUGGUAAGAUGUCUUCAUGAUAUAAAUUUAAGUGUAAAAGACAAAUCGCGUCUAUGCGAUACCUACUUAUCUUCUAAAUACCUACAUUUAAAAUCUAAUCUUUCUUAUACUUAGAAUCUCUUACAUUUUUUAAUUGUGUCUGUUUAUAACAAUUAGAUUAUUGCAAAUUUUACUAUUCAUAAUAUCUUAGUCAACAAGUUUCCUUAUGUUUCUAUAUGUUUUUUAACAUUCUCAGGUUAAUUCUAUGUUACAUGAAUGUGUAACGUAACCUGAUGAAUAAAUUGUGAUAUUAUAAUACAAUCAAUAAAAAACAAAACAAUGAAGAUGUUUAAACAAUUUUUUAAGCAGAUUUAUGAUAAACCUUGUGUUUUUUGAUGUGUUGUGUAGCUGUCUUUCUACAGAAUAAAAUGAUAUGAAUUUGAUAUAAAAUAGUAAGGAAAAGUUUAUAUAGUAUUAUUCUUUACAUUUAUUAAAUGAUUGGAGAAUACCUUAAGAUGUUUUGUUUAAGUCUUAUAGAUUCGUUGCAUUUAAACUCGAUAUGUUAGCCGUCCCUUACACCAAAGCUAUGUUCAAGAAAGUAGAUUUAAACAGAUAUAUUUUUAAGUAUAUUGUUCUGUAGAUUAAAUUUUAUUUAAUUCUUAAUACAUGGUUUUUAUAAUCCUUUUUUUAAAUACUUUUUUGCUGCCCAAUUGUUUGAUUACAAAAUAAGUUAUUUAUUAUAAAAAAAAUGUUCACAAUAUUUUUUAACGACAUGAUAUAUUUGUCCACAUCACAAAACAAUUAUGCCCAUGUGCUCGUGCUACACGGAAUAAUCAUAAUAUUAAAUGAAAUACUAGAAAAAUGUUACUUGAGCACGGAAAUCAAUCGAAAAAUAAAAUAUUUUCAUUCGAUUUUAUGCCCUAUAUCAUGCCAAUAACGGCAUGAUAUUACCUACAUAACAUGUAUUAUAAUUAUAUUAUGAUUGCCUUAAUUGAUUAAUGUGUUCUAAUAAAGAAAAUGUAGUUACAAUGAAAA